UCUCUCUCUCGUUCUCUUGCCGGAAAAAUCACAAGUUUUUCUUCAGAUUUGUGUCUCUGAGCUACCUGUGCUGGUGUUAGAGCAGUGUUUUAGUAAGAAAGGAGAAGAAUGUGAUGAUGGUUUCUUGAGCUACAGUGGGAUUUCUUGAUCUUACUUCAAGUUUUGGGUUUUAGUACGAGAAGGUCUUCUCUGAUUUUUGCUGUGAAAAUCACAAUGUGAGGAGAGGUGAACUUUGGCGUUUAGUGUUGCGCAUGUGUUCUUGAUUGUGAUGAUGGUGGCUGCUGUUUCUGAAGCAGCUUCAACAACAAGUGACCCACAAAACCCCAAAACCACCGCCUCACAAGAUGAUGAGCAUUCAAGAAGACCGCCAUUGUUGCCUUCCGAGAAGGAUAAUAGCAAUGCGGUUGCAGACAAUCAAAGAAAACCCAAAUCAAGAAUUGUCUCUUCUAGAUACAUGUCCCCUUCAACUUCCACUUCUACUUCAAAUUCAUCCUCGGUUUCCUCUUCAUCUUCUUCUUCGAGAAGGUAUCCCUCCCCUUUACUUUCAAGAAACUCAACCCCAGCGUCAAAUGCACCUUCCUUAGGCGCCAAGAGGUCUGUUUCCGUCGACCGGCGGCGUCCGGCGGCUGCUAGACCUUUAAUACCUGAUCUUGAUUCCAAGAAUGGCAAUUGUUCCGAGGUUUCAGCUGCCACAAAGCUUCUUGUCACCUCAACUCGGAGUUUGUCGGUUUCCUUUCAAGGGGAAGCCUUUUCCUUGCCCAUUAGUAAGACCAAGGGGGCGCCUUCUUCACCUAAUCUGAGUAGUGUGCGGAAAGGAACGCCCGAGAGGCGAAGGAGUAGUACUCCAUUGAGAGGGAAGGUUGAUGGGGUAGGAGAUCAGGUGGAAAAUUCCAAGCCGGCUGAUCAACAUCGAUGGCCUGCUAGGAAUCGGCUGGUUAAUCCGUUGUCGAGGAGUUUGAACUGUAGUGGUGGUGGUGGGGAGAGGAGUAAGCUAAUUGGAUCUGGGGAGUCAAUUCGAGCAUUGCAGCAAUCGAUGAUUGAGGAGAGGAGGCCUUCUCUUGAUGGAAGGUUGAGUCUUGAUUUGGGAAAUUCCGAGCUUCUAAAGGCGGUUCCACGAGCCGAUGAUGGAAAUUCAGUUAAUAAUGAGUUGUCCAUGCCAUCUGAUCUCACUGCAUCUGAUUCAGAUAGUGUUUCUUCUGGUAGUACUUCAGGAGUUCAAGAAUGCGAUGGGGCUUCCAACGGGCAAAAUGGGCGUCGUGGGAUUGUUGUUUCGGCUAAGUUUUGGCAAGAUACAAAUAGUCGGUUGAGGAGGCUGCAGGAUCCGGGUUCGCCUCUAUCACCGACUCCUGGGUCCAAACUGAUUGUGCCGCCAAAAUUGAGAAGGUAUUCAAGUGACGGUCCAUUAUCAUCUUUAUCGUGCCAACGAACAAUGUCGUCUCCUGUUCGUGGAGGCAUUAGGUCUGCAUCGCCUGGAAAGCUUAUGACACCUGUUGGAUCAUCUCCAUCGCGGGGUCAUAGUCCAUCUCGGAUCAGAAAUGCAGUUAGCACCAUUAGUAACAAUUUUGUUGAAACACCUUCAGUCCUUAGUUUUGCUGUUGAUGUUCGGAGGGGGAAAGUUGGGAAGAACCGAAUUGUUGAUGCGCACUUGUUGAGACUUAUGUAUAAUCGUUACCUGCAGUGGCGUUUUGUUAAUGCGAGAACUCAAGCAAUCUUGUUGGUGCAGAGACAUAUUGCAGAGAAAAAUCUAUGGAAUGCGUGGAUAACAAUCUCGGAUCUACGUGAUACUGUCACCAAGAAACGACACAGAUUGCAGUUGCUGAGGCAAAAGCUGAAAUUAGCUUCCAUUCUAAAAGGACAAGUGACGUUCUUAGAAGAUUGGGCUUUGUUGGAGAAAGACCACUCGACUUCUCUGCUUGGAGCUAUCGAAUCGCUAAAGGCUAGCACUCUUCGCCUUCCAGUUGUUGGAGGAGCAAUCGUCGAGGAACUGAACUCUUUAGUGACUGAACUUGCUAAAAUGGCUGCCAAAGAACGAGCAUCACUUGAACAAUGCACAGAGUUUAUCUCCCUGUUAGCAGCCAUUCAGGUUCGAGACAGCAGCCUGAGAGCACAUAUAAUCCAACAUAACCAUGUACCGCCAGCCUGACAAGACACUGUUAGAACUGAUUGUUUCUCGACAUUCUACUCUAGAUGCUAACACCACACGGAAUCCUCGGACCUAGUAGUAAUAAGAAUUUUUGCAGCUCAACCGAUGGAUUCGCAGUCCAGUUCUCCUCCAGGCAUCCGAUAUUACAGGAAAACUGGUCAUUUGUUUCUCAGUAGUUAGCUGUACACACGCACUUGUUUUUCGUUCUUGUUCUACUUUCUUUCCCCUUCUCAGGGAGAAUGGAAAACCGAUGUAUAUAUGUAAUAUUCUAACUGCAUUGUCAUUAACCACUUCUUGUCUAUUUAUA